GAUCGCGUGUAAAUAAUAUGUCUGCUCUAUUUUUCAUCAUUGUUACAUUUCUAACGGCUAUUAAAUGUGAAAAUAAUACAUAUUUCGCGCCAUCUCUCUUCCUCAACCAUGGAGGUGGACCGUAUCCAAUAUUAGGCGAGGAAUUGAAUAAGGAGAUUGCCGAUUCUCUCAGAAAUGUCUCGAAUCUUGUUGAUUUGGAUCGCUUGAAAGCAGUUAUCGUGGUUACAGCGCAUAGAGAAGAAGAUAUCGCGACUGUAUCAUCUAGCGAACAUCAUAGUAUGUUGUAUGAUUAUUACAAUUUCCCUCCAGUAAGUUACACGUUCAAGCAUAAUGCGCCUGGUGAUCCUACAUUGGCAAGAAGAAUACAUGAAGCCUUCGAAAAGGCGGGAAUUCCUUCAAAACUCGACAGCACUCGCGGCUGGGACCAUGGUGUCUUCGUACCAAUGAUACUAAUAGAUCCAGACGCUAAAAUACCCAUAGUGCAAGUCUCCAUUUUGAAAAGUCAAGACGCAGCCCGACAUUUUGAUAUAGGAAACGCGUUGUAUCAGUUCCGGAAAGAUGGUGUUGCCAUAUUCGGCUCGGGUAUGUCAUACCACAAUAUGGUAGAAUUUAAGAAAGCUGAUACUGAUAAUGAUAAUGUGAUUGUUAAUAAUGAGUUUGAUGGGUUCUUAAAUGAAGUGUGUACUGGCGAUGUUGAUGAAGUAAAGGAUCGUCUGUGUACGUGGAUGGAGGUGCCUGGUGGUUUAGAAGCUCAUCCUCUCGGAGAAGCAGAUCAUCUGAUGCCGUUGAUUGUGAACGCCGGUGCGGGCGGCAAACAUCCUGCUAAGAAUAUUUUUAAAUCUGUUUUUAUUCAUAAAUUUAAACUUAGUGGAUUUAUUUGGGACAAGGAAUAAAAAAUAUAUGUACCUACUACUAUCUGACUCGACAGACGUCCUGUCUGAACUAUUACAUUGUACAUAGUAGGCGAAAUUAAAGAAAUCUUAACCAUCCAUAUUAACUUUUGUUACGGAGGACAGCAGCAACGAUAUACAAAGAUAUUUCACUUAUAUGUUCACACUUCGACCGUUUAAACAGAACUAGGCAGUCCGCACAAUAUGAUUGUUCUAUUUUUAAAGUCAGUGGGU